GGUAUUUGUCCAAUGCCGGCUAGAAUUGCCACCACGAAAUUGUUGCCCACAGAAGACGGCCGAGAGAGACAAGCAUGGAGUGAAGGGAGUGCCAAUAAAAAGGAGGAAGAAGGAGAUGUAGAAUCAUUUUUGUUUCUUUGAAGUGGCCCGUGACGGGUGGGAGGGUUGAUCUGAAACCCUUUCUUUUGCAAUUAAUUGUGCAGGACUUUUUGGACAAAAAAACAUCACCACAGAUCAGACUACCAGUCUUACAUUGUAGCCCGCAAAGCCUCCAGCUGGGCUUUCACGGCUUACCAAAAUAGACUGCCGUACUAUGCCGAGGCCUGGCUGCCAUUACUGUAGCCUCAGGGAAACAACAUCAAGUGAAUGACUUGUCUGUGAAUGGUGGCUUCCAUGUGACAUAGGCAGAUUACACCCUUGAGCUUGCGCUGCUUGUCAUAAACAUUUAUAUGGUUCAGAUGUGAAAUCUUUGAAUUUGAAAUGCAAAAGUCCCCUCUCUGUUACAUUGGGUUGGGUUUGUGAGCGUAAUGCUCACUGGGAGCGACGCAACACAAAAAUGAAAAUAUGAAACAAAACAAGAAAGCAGGCUGGCUCGGAAGCACGGCUGGCGGCUAAUGGAAACUCGCCAAAGGAUCACAGCGAGGUGUAUACUCAAAUUUUUCCCCAUAAUAUUCCAAGUUUAUUCUCGUAACAUUAUGAUUUUUUUUUUUAUUCGAUUGCAACUUAUUCUUGUAUAAUUACAGCUGUUCUUUUCAUUUCUGCUGUUUUUUUGUUGUUUUUUUGCAACUAUUUCAACGUUCCUCCUGUAAAUUUUCUUCUGGUAGUUAUGACUUUAUUCCCAUAAUAUUUGUACUUCAUUCUUGUAAUAUAACUUUCCCCAACCUAAUUUCCAAAAAUUACAACUUUAUUACUUGUUUUGUUUCUCAUAAUAUGACUUUUUUUUUUUUUUUUUUUUUAAAGUUCUUUAAUAUUUCAUACUAUUUGAAACAAAUAGUAUGGUGAUAUUUUUACAACUACAGAAGCACUUUCCACACAGAAAUCCUCAACUGCCCAAUGCAGUCCGCUCCCAUCUCUCGCCCAUAUGUUUACUCUCUUAAGUUUUCCAGAUCUUCCUCAUCCACGUGACUCAAAGAAAGGGCGUGUUGUUUUUUAAAGAAAGCUCGCCGUCGGCAUACUAAAUAUACCCUUUUGCAGGACCUGACCCCUCAUUUGCCUUUGCUGUGGCCACUUUAGGUUGACAUGCUCGCUCCGCCAUGGCCCUAAAGCUAGUAAUUAUAUAGGAGGGCUUCCAUUUGACAUCCCAUGUAUAGUGUUUCCUUCACACAAGCUCAUAUCCUCAUCUUGAUAGUCAAGCCACACUUUUUUAAUAUAACCAGAAAUAGGUUACAGUUAGUAGAAAAAAUUUGUAGACCACUCUUGUUUCUUCAGUUUCAUGUUCAUUUUAAUGCCUGAUACAACUAAAGGUACCUUUGUUUGGACAAAUAUAACAAUGACAACAAAAAUAGCUCAUAAGAGUUACAUUUUUUGGCAGUACAAUGCUAUAGCUAUUCAUGUAAGAACUUAAGUGAUUUUGGUUAUUAUCAAGAAAACCAUGGAAGUUGCUAGACAUCAGCUCUUAAAUUAAACUCUUAUGAGCUAUAUUUGUUAAUCAUCAUAUUUGUCCAAACAAAUAUACCUUUUAGCUGUAUCAGGCAUUAAAAUGGAUCAAUAAACUGCAGAAACAAGGGUGGUCUAAUCAUUUUUUCCAUGACUGUAUGUCCAAGUGGUUGGCCAUUACAAGUGCUUGAGUGGAGAUGUGGAUUUGAAUGUUUUUAAUCAUGCGGUCAGUCCUUAAUCAGGCUUUUUUUUAAAUAAAAAAAAAGUCAACUUCCGCCUCCAUCUGUCAUCUAGCGAUGUUCCACAGGGUAAUGCAUUUAGACUGCUGUGUCAUCUGUCAUUUGCUAGCCAUCCACCGGAGGUCAUGCCACUGCGUUUAGGAGAUCCUUUAUGAGCUGCACAUUACUUGCACUGUUAAAUGUGUAAUUGAGACAAGGCUGUCCUUGAAACCAUCCUUCCUCCUCCUCCCUAAAAAAAACUCACCCAUUAUCCACCUGCAGCCACUGCACUGGAAGCUUCAAUAAUCAUACACGACAAAUGAUUGCCAGCUGGAGUUGUAAUGCCGGCAGUUAAGCCCAGACGGAGAGAUUGUUAAAGCCUCGGCUGAACUGACAGAAUCAGUUCAUCAUGCUGUGGGGAACCUGAAAGCUGUCUACAUUUUUAAGGCUCUUUGGUCCCCAUGUGGUCUUCCAUGAGGGAUUUGACCCUCCCUUAGUUUACAGUAUUGCAUACACUGCCUUAUUUAUAGCCAAACCCACAUUUAAUCCCCAAAUCUGCCCACCAUCACUAUUUAGUUUCAAGCCCACUCGCAAGUGAGCCAACAGUACCGGUUUUGAACACCUUCAAUCCAGUCAUGACUGUAUGUAUAGGUUUGUGUAAAUUAAAUUGUGUAAAUUGCUGUAAAUUUGUCAAAACAUGCCCGUUACUGUGUUGCCUGUGCUGUUAUUUUUCUGACAAAUACCCCAAAUGGUGGCGCUGUCAUUAAACCCCAAAGCAGACUUGAUAUUUCUCACACAGCUCAAUGUUGGGGUGGGGUGUGCGUAAUGAUGUCGUCAUCUUAUUUGCAUAAUUCACCAUGAUGCAUUUGCAUGUAAUUGUAAUGCUGUAGUAGAGAGGAAUAACGUGGGAGACAAAAAAGUGAGUGUAAAAAAAAAAAAAGCACAACAGAACUACAAGUAAAAUUUCUUGUGUCACUUGCAUUUUUUUUUUUAAUAUCACAAGCUUGUGAGUGUAAAUAGCCACAAACGUGCCAAAGAGAGGCAAUGUUUACUUCCAUAAACAUGCUGAAAAGCAUGACCUUGUGCUUUUGUGCAUGCGCAUCACUUCCCGGACGCUUUGUGUUCACAUUUACAAGUCAGAUUUUUUUUGGUAUUGUGAACAGCCGCAUAAAAGAUUGGACUUUAACAAAAAUCCGAAUUGGGCACCAUACCAUGCAGUGUGAACAUAGCCCUAUACCUAACUUUCUUCUGCUUUCAAGGCUUCAUAAAUACACCAAAUAGAAGGCUAAUUUAAAUUUUCUUUCUUGGAGUUACACAGACAGUCCCAUUAUAAUGUGUUUAUGAGCAAGGGUGAACAGGUAGCGUCAAAUCUAAACAAGUGCAUGGUAAACGCUGCUGUAUGCUAGCAUGUCUUCCAAAACAUUUUGAGCACAACCCGUAGGGGGCCCCACAAAAGGUAUUUACAGUAAUGUAAAAAAGAUACAACGCCCCUUUUACCAAGAGUUGAGUCGAAUCUGUAUUGGAUCCGAAAGCAGAUCCCAAGUUCUUAUGAUGUCACAUUGCACGAAACCCCACCCCAGGGGUCAGAUAAGUGGAGGACAGCCAUAUGUGAAUCAGUAGUUGAUUUUUCUAAUCCCACUCAUAAACCAUGCUUUGAGUUUGUUAAUCCAUCUGCCACUACAUGCAUGCCUUCAGCAACAGUGGAGCACUAGGUUCACCCCAACUAUUUGAAUGCACGGUUAGGCUUAGUGGCAUUCUAUCCGGAAAUAAAAUGAUUAGCAAGAAGAAGAGCAUCUCUGUGCAUUGAUGUCGAUGCAUCGAAGCAUGAGCCAGCAAGUGCAUUGAGAGGUUUGGCAGGCACUGAAUGUCCUGACUUGCUCACAUCCGUCUCCAGCACUCCAAUGCCUCAUGUGGAGCUUCUUGUCUGCACUGCAUUAGAAAUGUGGGAAGGCUAUCUUGUCUUAUGGGACAAGACAACUUUGAUUGUGCAGGGGUAUACAAAUUUCAUCACUCAUGUGACAGGAGAGAUGAGGUACUUAAAAAAAAAAAAAGUUUCCCAUCCAUCCAUUUUCUAUGCGGCUUAUCCUCCUUAGGGUAGUGGAUAUGCUGGAGCCUAUCCCAGCUGACUUCGGGCGUAAGGCGAGGUGCACCCUGGACUGGUUGCCAGCCAAUCACAGGGCACAUAUAGACAAACAUUCACCCUCGCAUUCAUACCUAUGGACAGCCCCAAUCUCCUGACUAUGUGGCCAACAUGCUAACCACUCGUCCACCGUGCAAAUGUUUCCAACCAUUCAUCAUAUUUUGUUAAUUGUUUCCCUGCUUAACAGUUGUUUGGCUCUGCUUCAUGGAUCACCAUUAUCUUCAAAUUUGCUUCAUCACGCCUCCUCUGUUCUUUGGUAAUUCUGCCAAGUACUCUGGUCUGGACAAGAUAUGGAAGAAAAAGAUCAAAUCAAAUGGCUAAAUUAAGGACAGCUUUCAUGACAUAUUACAUAACGAGACUCAAACGUUCCAAAACAGAAUGCUGUCUUCUGCGUAAAUAUGUUGGUUAUUUUUAUAUUCCGCUAUUAGGAAAAGCUUCUAAAAUAUAUUUUUCAAGACUGCACUCCAUUAAGCACUCAGCCUUGCAUACUACACUGACCAAAGACAUGGACCAAUGUUAAAAUUACAGCAAAGUGGUAUGCAAAAAUGAUAAAUAUAUUUGAGAAAAUAUGUCAGAAGCGACAACCGGUCUUUUUCAGACUGUUUUCCAAAGAAAAAAUAUCAUUUUAUGUUCGGGUCAGUAAAGUAUUUAAAUUUUAGGAGUUAUUGGUAGUGAAACUACACUACUGAAAUAUCAUAUCAAUGUCAUAUCAGACUUAUUGUUUUGGAUCACUUGGUGUGGCUUACGAUUUGAGGUCUUUCCUCCAAUUAGUCUUAGCCUUGUUCCCCAAAACCCCAUAGUAAUGGUUUAAUUUAUUUUCAAUUCAUGCAUACUUCAACAUGUCCGAAAAGGAGUGGGAAGAAGCAGAGCUUAUCCUACCCCUACCCAAUGUCGAUCCUCCUUGCCCUGAGUGGGCAGCCACCCAAAAUCUGUGCGCAGUCACCAGUGCAUUACUGGGAACCCCUUGGCCCCGAGCAGGUGUCAGCCUCCUUGUGAAGUUAAAAGAGCCUACAAGGGAACACAAAGGCCUCAAAGAGUCCUGCCAGCAUGGCAACGGUCUUGAAUAUCCCAGGCCAGUAUGGCAGCUCCUCUAAAUCUCUCCACGGUGCAGGGUGGCUGCCAAUUUGUGCUUUCAGCUACUGUAACACACCGACCCUCCAAUGUGGCUUUGAGGCUUUUGUUAAGCCUUGACCUAAAUUGGAGCACAUGCAGUGUACUAGUAAGGAUUGGUCAGAAGUGCUGAGGCACAAGUUGGAAAGUUAUGAUUAAGAGUUUGGCUUUGCUGCGCCUCCUAUUCUUCUCUGCAGUUGUCUUUGAAAUGGACUGUUUUAUAAAUGCUCUUUACAGGAUCCUUCCAGAUCCCAGUGCCUUGGGUGAGCUGUGAACCCCCCCUCUUGCUGCUAAGCUGAGCUGUGCUGGCAUUUAGUCUGGCAAGACUGUGAAAGAGCUGGACGAGAGAGCUCCACUGUGUCCUCUCCUGCCUCUCUGUUCAUUGUUUGUGACUCUGCAGUGAUGAUGUGGAGGACCGAGGUGGGGAGGGGUGGAAUAGUCGGCGGAGUGAGUGGAGGCCUACACUCAUCUUCGGUUUAGCUGGUGAUCCUCGUGUUUGGAAGGUCAGCUCUCCCAGGAGGAAACUUCACAGUUCCCAAGCUGCCAGAGUCCAAUAUGGGGUUUGGCGUGCUGGGGGUGUUCCUGGGACUGCUUUUGGAGGUGUCCACCCACGGACCCCAUUCUGUGCCUCGAAUCUCAUGGAGACACCAAGAUUUAGAGCUGAUGGAGUUUUCCGAGCCAGGCAUCUUCAACUAUUCAACGCUGCUGCUGAGCGAGGAAACGGACGCGCUCUAUGUGGGCGCCAGGGAAGCCAUCUUUGAACUUAGCAAGAAGAAUGUGACCGUCCGAAACAAUAAGGCUCUGUGGCAGGUUGGCGACACCCCCAUAGCCAUGUGCACCCUCAAAGGGAAAUCAAAAGAGACCGACUGUCUUAACUACAUCCGAGUGCUGCAGGUAGUCGAUAACGAGCGACUCUACAUCUGCGGGACAUACGCCUUUCAACCUCAGUGUGAUUAUUUGACUUUGGCUGACUUUUCGUUGGAGGGUCGAGCUGAAGACGGCAGGGGAAAGUGCUCUUACGACCCCUCGCAGAGCUUCACCACCGUCAUGGUUGAUGGAGAGCUGUACUCGGGGACUGCAUAUAACUUCUUGGGUAGUGAGCCUAUUAUUUCUAGAUACUCUCCAUCACAGUCUCUACUGAGAACAGAGUAUUCCACGUCAUGGCUCAAUGAGCCAAGUUUUGUUUUUGCUGAUGUGAUAAGGGAAGGCGACAGCAUGGAUGGUGAGGAUGAUAAAAUCUACUACUUCUUCACCGAGGUGUCCGUGGAGUAUGAGUUUUUUGGCAAUCUGCUCAUUCCAAGAGUGGCGCGCGUUUGUAAGGGUGACCUUGGAGGACAGAGGACGCUGCAGAAAAAGUGGACAUCUUUUCUCAAAGCCAAACUGGUGUGCUCCAUGCCGGAACUUAACUUUGUUUUCAACGUGGUGCACGACGUCUUCAUCCUGAAGGAUGCCAACUUGAGGGACACGGUCAUCUAUGGAGUCUUCACUUCCCAGUGGGGUAAUGUGGGAUUGUCGGCGGUGUGUGCUUACAACUUGACCACUGUGGAGGAGGUCUUCUCCAAGGGCAAGUACAUGCAGAAAGCCACAGUGGAGCAGUCCCACACCAAGUGGGUCCGCUACAAUGGCAUUACUCCAUCACCACGUCCUGGAGCAUGUAUCAAUAGCCACAUGCGGAAGCAGAACAUCAACAGCUCCCUGCACCUCCCAGACAAGACCCUGCAGUUUGUGAAGGACCACCCCCUGCUGGAGGAUCCCGUCCUGCCCGUCGGCAACAGGCCUCGCCUCAUUACUAAAGACGUCAAUUACACUCAGGUUGUCGUUGAGCGGGUCCGCGCACUUGAUGGGAACAUCUAUGAUGUCAUCUUCACUGGAACAGACAAGGGAGUCCUGCACAAGGCGGUGGUUCUCGGUGAAGAAGUCCACAUUGUGGAAGAGAUCCAGCUCCUUCAGAACUCGGAACCCAUCAAAACCUUACUGCUGUCGUCUGAGACACGAUCCAUUUACGCCGGUUGUGACUCAGGAGUGGUGCAGUCACCCACAUCUUUCUGUGGCAGGUACCAAUCCUGUGAUGACUGUAUACUGCUCCGAGACCCCUACUGCGCAUGGGACCCUCACACUGCUCACUGCGUCAAUAUCCUUGAUACACACAGUCAGCAGAUCAGGAGGCUAAUUCAGAGUCUUAAUGGUGAUGCAGACAAGUGUCCUAAAGCGCCAGGUAAGUCUCUGAAAGACUACCAACUUGUGACAGUGAAGCCAGGGAGCUCCGCUGAGCUGCCAUGCCUGAUGCGCUCCAACGCGGCGCACGUGCUGUGGAAAUCAAACGGCUCGCUUCUCACCGAGGCCUCUCGCUUCCACUUCAUCCAUGAGAGCGGCCUCCUCAUUUACAGCGUGGCUCCAGAGGACCAAGGCCACUACGAGUGCUGGUCGGUGGAGUUUGCCGCCGCUGUUGGGAAGAACUUCACUCGCCUCCUGGCGGCCUACAUCUUGACUCUGGAUCUCCCACCAAGAUCCCCGCGUGUGGGCGGCCAUGCGGCAGCAACGACAACCCUCCAGAGUCGGGAGACGUCCAGCGCGCGCGGCGGCGAAGGUAACGUUGACGCAGACAGACCACUAAAUCCGGCCCUUGCCCCUCCCAAUUUUACAGCUCCAGUGCUGCUCACAUCCCCGCCCCACUCAUCACUAACCCCACCCCCUACCAAAGUACUACCAAAGCAGCAUCUCCCCCCAAGUGGCAGUGUGCCCCGCCCUGACAACGGGGACCCUGAGGCGGAAUACUUGCAGCACAGCAACAGCACAGCGCUCCUCUUCCUCUUCCUCCUCUUUUUUCUCCUCUUCCUGGCCGCCAUGGCAUACAACUGCUACAUGCAAUAUCUCCCAGCGCCCUGCCUGCGCCUACGGGCAGCCCUGCUGGGCACACACAAGACCGCCAAUCAGCCCGAGUACCGCGCUUGUGAGGCAGGCCUCAUGGAGGCGUCUGCCACAGACAAAAUUAACAUGUCCGAGCAGCCCACACAGAACGGCAGCCAGAAUCUACGGGCCUUACGUGACACCGGCUACGAGACAGAACCGGAGUGCGGCAACGGUCGGAUACCUUCCAACAGUUUCGGAGAUGAAAGCUCAAGCCAGGAAAAACCCUUUGACGUAGACUGCGCCUCCCAGCCCAUACAGUUUGCAGAUGCGGAUGAACCUUACUGCUAGCCCAAAGCAACACAUCACGCUCUUGCUGCAUCUUGGCAUCGGACAGCCCACUCUUUAAAGCUUUGUGUGUUCAUGGAAGCUGCUGCACCCUCUUAGAAAAGUCCAGCAAGAAAAGCUAAUUCCUAAAUUCCACAUUGGAAACAUUGUUUACCAAAUUGGUAAGUUACGUGGAUGUUUUCCAAAGUGGACUUGGUUUUUGUUUGUAUAGGCUGACUAAGUAUUGUUUUGUUGUGGGGGUUUUUUGCAUCCUGGGCCCUUAGCAUUUCUCAGGGAAGGGUUAGCUCAGCGUGUCGUAAGCCCUACUUGUCGCCAAUAAAGUGGAGGCGAGGAACAUGAAUGGGAACAUGUUGCAACAAAUCAAACUACUGUUGUCUUGAGAGGAAAAUCCUUAAUUUGACUUAUUUUGGCUACGCCGCCAUCAAUCAUUCGCUUUGUCUGCAACCCUGGAAAUAAUCUGAAACAACAUUAUCAGAUAAUUAUUAUUUAAAGUCAGUCAUUGUUCUUAACAAUUUAUGUAUCACCUUGUAUUUAUUGCACCAGGUUAUAGAGCAUCCACCUGUAUUGUGCAGAAUGUUCCUCAAUUUUUGUAUUUAUUUUUUUGCUCUCCCCCACCACCACCUCUCUCGCAGCCUCCUCGUCACCUUCACUGUCCUUCUCUGGAAGUAGCUCCCCUUCUGCCUUCCCCUCUUCCUCCUCUACUUUGACCUCAUCCUCCUCCUCCUACAUGGAGGCUGGCGAGGCGGAGGUGAGGCUCUUGCCCCCCUUGCUGAAGGACCAGGCUUGGGGGCUUCAUGCCCAUGAGUCCUUCCUGCUCUUCUGCCUGGCUCUGGGUGAGUGCUGGCAGCUCACUUCCCUUGCUUGGUUUGAACACUUAACACUUUUUAACCCUCCUCCUUAGCGCCAUUACUUUUCUUCCUUGUCUCUUCCUUGCAUGUCGUUGGCCCAAACUAACUGUGUGGUUGUCUGACAUUUGCUGUCAGCUGUAUAACACAAGGGGAUCCCAUACUUGGAAUCUGGCGGAACUAUAAGGAGUAAAAUGAAUGUGUAAAAGCACUGCUGGGAAGCUGAUGUUCAUACUUUGAAUGUCAAUUAUGGGUGCAGUGUUGUGGUGUUUCUGUGUAUUCAGGGUGCUGAGAUUUGUCCUCAGAAAAUAAAGAACUCUUCAAUGGUAAUCGUCUACGGUAGGCUCACUGUGUUGCAUCCCAAUAUGCCAACCGGGCCGUUUUUGUGCCUGUAAACAAAAUGUAAAUAUGUUUGUAUAUAUGGGGGGGAGACAUUUUUGAAGAUGUACAGUACAUAAAUCAAAGUGUUUCGGUAGGAAGGCUAAAUAAAGCUUGUCAACUCUAACACUGGCUUGUUUUUGUUUUCUUUGCUUGCUGCAUCACUGCUGUGGUGUUGGUGCAAAUAACACUACAUAGAUUAGAAUCACGUGACAUUUGCUGUGAAUAUUCUGAUGAUGUGUUCCACAAGGCUCAAUACACGGCCCACAAUUUUGUCUUGUCUGUGAAAUACAGUGGAACCCCAAGGCUGUAGAUUAAAUCAUUAAAUCAAACAUUUUGGGGGGAAAAAUACGGCUCUGCUGUUGCACGAAUAUUCUCAAAAGUCAGAACACAAAACAUUUUCUUUGUAGACAUCAGCUCAGAGCAUCUUCAGGGUUCACUGUGAGUUUUUCCACCGAGGGCCGCAUACUGGAAAUCAAAAGGUGCAGCCACAUUGAAGUUUUUAUGUAUUUCUUACUUUUGUGUGAAGGCUAAAAACGUUAUAUAUUUAAAGGCAAAACUUUGGUUUAGUUAUUAGUAGGAAUGUCCGGCCGGCCGAUAUCUGCUCGACAUUGGCGUAAAAAUGUAACCGGUCAAUAUCGGUAUCUGUUUUUUAUAUAUUAUAUAAAGCCCUUUAAGCGCCAAAGUGGCAAAAUUGCAACAUUGCUGAAUUUACACCCUCAUGUAGUUAAUACUUUACACCGGUCGAGUAACUUCAAUCUGAGCAACAUUUAUGGGCAUGCUUCUAUGCAAAGUUAAGGAGUUAAUAGACUUAGAAAACCUGCGUGCGUGCGGCAGCAGCAAUCUCACCAUACCAGU